CUCUACAUCUGGCAGAGGUUUUCCGUAUCAGCUGAUCACAGCAUCUCUGUCUGACCUGGUCUGUUUCUUAGAAUCGUUUGACUAGCUACAAUAAUAUUUCAUACUAUUAACAAUAUUUCAGCGUCUUUGAAUUUUGUGGAUCACUCAAUAGCAGUGGAAGAGUUGUGGUGCCCUCAUGGGCAGUGUUCUGGCCUUGUCUUCUGGUCCGGGCCGUCAGAACUGGCCUUUCUCCACGGACAGUCCACCUUCUCGCUGGGACACACCGCCUGCCCACUGGGACACCCCUCCUCGCUGGGAGCGGAGAGACGGUCGCCUUCCCAACCCAGGGAGCUUCCACGCUCUGCACAGGAGCUGCAAGGAUGUGUUUCCUCAGCAGAUUGAAGGUGUCAAGAUGAUCGUCAACAAGACGCUGAGCAGCUUCUUUAAGGUCAGCCACACGCUUCACCUCAGCGCAGUGAGUCCCUCGCAGUAUCGUUUCCACGUGGAGCACCUACAGUCCGACGACUAUGGCAAAGACACGGACUCCCCAGUGUUGAUUGGGGAGAUGGACUCCUCAGGCAGUCUAAAUGCUCAUUCGCUGCUGCAUCUCAGUGAGCGCAUCAGGACUAAGGCUGUGUUCCAGACACAGCAGGCUCAGUUUGUGACAUGGCAGUUUGAGACAGAGUACAGAGGAAGUGACUUCACCGCGGCUGUGACCAUGGCCAACCCAGACAUUCUACGAGAGUCAGUGAUUCUGGUAGCUCACUUUCUCCAGAGUGUAUCGUCUGGCCUGGUGUUGGGGGGAGAGCUGGUGUACCAUCGUGGACGAGCAGAGGAAGGGGGCAUACUCACACUCGCCGGCCAGUACUCAGGGCCAAACUGGGUAGCCACACUGAAUGCUGGGAAAGGAGGAGCUCAUGCCAGCUAUUACCACCGAGCUAACAAACAGAUCCAAGUCGGGGUGGAGUUCGAGGCCAGCACUAGGACACAGGAAACGACCGCCUCCUUCGGGUACCAGUUGGAUCUGCCUGAGGCCAACAUGGUCUUCAGAGGCAUGGUGAACAGCAGGUGUAUAAUAGGAGGAGUGUUAGAGAAGCGUCUCUCUCCACUCCCAGCCACCCUCCUCAUGGGGGCCUUCGUUAAUCACCGUGGCGACAAGCUCCAGGUUGGUCUGGGCAUCAAUGUGGGAUAGACUUCACUCCUAUCAAGACUACAUCUCCCAGAAGUCACUGGGGGAACCCCCCUCCCUCACAGGCCACUGGACCCACUUCAAAGGCCUCCUGGAUAAUGGAGUUCCUGUCUCAGAGACCUUCUUCCAAGCAACCACAGGCUUGCAUAUCACUACUUCUGGACACUGAAACCUCAUAAACUUGACAAAAUGAGGAAAUGUAGAUCCCCCUGACCCCGUCACCAGACCCUAACCCCACCCACCAGGCUAACAAAGACGAGCCAAACAGGAAGUUGAAAACAAGUCUAGCACUUGGGAGUCUCCCUCUGCUCACUGUGGCGUACACAGAGCAACUGGUGAGGGGGUCAUGCAUACAAAAGACAUUUAGAUUCCUCGUCUCUCAGUUAGAGUAGACAUUAGGUCAACUUUGUAGGUAUAGCGAUAUGCAGCGGUGUGUGUGUGUGUGUGCUUGUGUAUUCAGGUCAGUUGACUGGAACUGGAACUGCACUUGACUAAGACAGGGUGCUGCUCCAGCCAUAUCCACUGCGACCCUCCCCCUGGGCCGAGGGGGGGGGGAAUGUCCAUAAGCAUGUCACCAUGAACUGUACGUGCAGUAUAUAGCUGCAAAUGACACUUAACACAGGGAACUGUAUGCAAUCUGCACUACUCACAUACCCUGCCUCUGGCAGCCUCAACACUUUGGCAGACAGAUGAAAUGUAACUCAUUUACUGAGGUCAUUUAUCCAUAUUUGUCUUUGUCUAUUGAAGAAAUCGUCUUCUAGGUGUGUGUGGGUGAGAGAGAGGGAGAGAAAGAGAGAGCCCAUGCAUUAGCUAGUGUCUGUCAUCUCUUUGUUCUAAUUGAAUACAUUAUUUAUUAUUACUAUUUUGCAUUGUUUUGAGUGUUUUCGUUAUAAAUCAUAAACGUCUGAAGUUGU